CCUGUUUACCUGCGACACGGGAGCCAGCACACAUGUUAGGGUAACGAUGGCUGCUGGCGGAGAUAUGUGCAGCAUGCUGGAGGAGUGUUUAAAGACAGUAAAUAUCAACACAGCGCAUCCAGAGACCUUUCUGAGCCUUCAAGAUGGAGUGGCAACAGACUUCACCUCUCUCACUAAGACCCUGUAUGACCUCCACAAGGCUCAGGAGCCUGCAGAUUAUAAAGGCAGCCCACUGUCGCAGCUGGUGGUGGAACAUUUCGAUGAAGAGCAGAUCUGGCAGGAGCUGGAGCUGCAGAACACUGCUGUACUGAAACACUUUAAAAACGCCAUUGACGAGGCUUUGUCAGAUGAGACGCUAACAGUAUUGGAGGAGGAAGAAGAGAUGGAGGAUGGUGAUGAGGAAGCAGGAGAGAGUGAUGAUCAAAAUGUUGACGAGGAGGACGAGGAGGAGGAGGAGGAGGAAGAAGAAGAGGAAUCACCCGGGCAGUCCAAGAAAAUGUCUGAGGGUAGAGCGGAGGAUUACUCAGACGAGGACUCUGAUUUAGAUUUUGACGUGGAUGCCCUGGAGAAGCGGGAGAAACAGAGGAAAGGGAUUGGAGGGAAGGGCUCUAAAAUGAAGGUGGUUCCUUCUGAAGUUGAUGAUAAGUUCUUCAAGCUGUCAGAGAUGGAGUCAUUUCUUGAUGAUAUGGACAAGAGAGAGGGGAAGGAGGGCAAAAAUGACAUAGACUAUUUCCAGGACCUGCCGUCCGAUGAGGAUGAUGAUCUUGACUUAGAAAUGAUUUCUACCAAAAAGCAAAAGAAAAGCACUGCAAAGAGCUCCAGGAAUUUCAAGUACAAGGACUACUUUGACGCUGUGGAGGGUGAAGCAGCCAAAGCAGACGACCAGUCAGAUGGUGACGAUGACGGCAUGGAUGAGAGCCAGGAAGACGGCGAAGAAGAAAUUGAUGACGAAGAAGAUGAUCACGAUGGUGAAGAGGAGGGUGACGAUGAGGAUGAAGACAUGAGCCAGUCCAGAGCGUCUCUUAAAAAAGUGACCUUUAACCUCUCUGGGGACGAGGACAGUGAGGGGGAGGACAUGGAGGAUAUUUUUGGAGGAAAAACCCCAAGCGCAGCAAAAUCCGAAUCAAUGUCAUCUUUUGAGAAACGGCAAGAAAAGAUGUCACAGAAGAUCGAGGAGUUGGAGAAAGCUGCUCUAGGCGAGAAGUCCUGGCAGCUGUCUGGAGAAGUGACAGCGCAAACUCGUCCAGAGAACAGCAUGCUGGAAGAAGAUGUGGCGUUUGAGCAGACGUCUAGGAUGGCCCCUGCUAUCACAGAGGAAACCACACUCCAGCUUGAAGACAUCAUCAAACAGAGAAUUAAAGACCAGGCGUUUGACGAUGUGGUCCGCAAGGAGAAACCCAAAGAGGAGGUGUUUGAGUACAAGAAAAGGCUAACGUUGGACCAUGAGAAGAGCAAGCAGAGUCUAGCAGAAAUCUAUGAGCAAGAGUACCUCAAGCAGAACCAGCAAAAGACAGAGGAGGAGGAGAACCCAGCCCAUGUUGAAAUUCAAAAGUUAAUGGAUACACUCUUCCUAAAGUUGGAUGCUCUUUCCAACUUCCACUUCACACCUAAGCCGCCUGUGCCUGAAGUGAAGGUGGUGUCUAACUUGCCUUCCAUCACAAUGGAGGAGGUGGCUCCAGUCAGUGCCAGUGAUGCUACACUGCUUGCUCCAGAAGAAGUCAAGGAGAAGAACAAAGCAGGCGAUAUACUGGGCGAUUCUGAGAAGACGUCAACAGAUAAGAAGCGCGAGAGACGACACAAGAAGAAGGUGAAGAGCCUCAAGAUCAAGGAGAAAGAAAAGAGACAGAAACUUAAAGAGGCCAGUAAAGCUGGAGAGAACAAAAAGCCAUCUAAGGCUGAAGUCACAGAAAACCUGAAGAAACUCACAAAAGGAGGCAAAGCCACGAUACUCAAGGACGAGGGAAAGGACAAGGCUCUGCGGUCUUCUCAAGCCUUCUUCUCUCAGCUGCAGGACCAGGUCAAAAGUCAGAUCAAAACCGCAAAGGACCAGACUUCAAAGAAGAAGAAACACAAAGAGGUUUCUGUCAGCAAACUCAAGUUAUAAUAACUGUGAUGUUUUGUUGUGGAAGAUCGUCGUUUUAUUGUACAGAUUCUUUUUUAUGAGAGAGCUGCAAUAUAUUAGAUUUGAAAGUCCUUGUAAAAUGUUUCCAUUUCCAUUCAUAUAAAUCAAGUUCCAAAAUG